CACUUAUUAUCACUCUUUCUUUCCAUAUAUAUAUAUAUAUAUAUUUUAAUUCCUUUUAUAUAUCAUCUUUAUAUAUCAUCCAUCAUCAUGUCUGACGGUCGUUGCAUUCACUGUGGUCAAAAAGGUCAUUAUUCCAUGAUGUGUCCCAAGAAACCUAAUUCUGCCGUUUGAAAAAAGAAAUUAUUCAGAACAACAACUCCAUUAUAGACGUUCAUCAAUUUGAUAUUGAAUGACAAACAUCACUACCAUGAUUAUGCCCUUAUAUUUAUUUUUUAUUUUUUAUUUACCAUGAUGAAAUUGAUUUCCAUCCAUUCUCCAUUUUUUUUUUUUUUUCGCUCUGGGAGCUCCUGGGCUUUUUUACCUUACUCUUUGGAUUCGCGCGCUUCUCUAUCUCUUUUUUUUUUUUUUUCUGUGCCUAUCUACCCAUCUAUGUAUAUCUCAAUCCAUACUUUUUUUAUUUACCAUUUUAGAUUCCCCUCCUCUCUCUCACACACACUCACUCACUCAUCAAUCAAAACAUCACACCACAUAAUCUAGUUUUUUUUUUCAUUUUUUUCCUCCCACAUUUUAGAUCAUCAUUCACUUUUUCUUUUUUUAUACUAGUCCAUUUUUAAUCUCCUAAGCAAUUGUUAUAUAUUAAAGCAUUUCUCUCUCUCUUUUUUAA